AUGGCCGACGCCCUUAAGGCAGAGGGAAACAAAGCCUUUGCCGCCAAAGACUUUGAGACUGCUAUUGAAAAAUUCUCCCAAGCAAUCGAGCUCGACCCUACGAAUCAUGUUCUCUACUCCAAUCGUUCCGGCGCAUAUGCUUCCCUUAAGGAAUACCAGAAAGCUCUAGACGAUGCUGAGAAAACCACCGAAAUAAAACCUGACUGGGCAAAAGGCUGGGGACGGAAGGGAACUGCUCACCAUGGCCUUGGUGACUUGAUUGGGGCCAAAGAUUCCUUCGAUGAAGCCCUCAAACUUGACCCGUCCAAUGCACAAGCCAAGAGCGGUCUCGAGGCUGUCAACAGAGCAAUUGAAGCUGAAGCCCGAGAAGACGGCGCUGAUCUUGGUGGCGGCGGUCUCGGUGGUCUAGGAAACAUGUUUAACGAUCCUCAACUUAUCCAGAAGCUAGCAAGCAACCCAAAGACGGCUCCAUACCUUGCCGACCCAACUUUCGUUGCUAAACUUCAACGCCUGGCCCAAAAUCCUCAAGAGAUGGGCCAAGAACUCGGUGAUCCCAGGUUUCUGCAGGUCAUGGGUGUUCUCCUCGGGGUUGACAUGCAGCUGGGUGGCCAACCUGGUGGUCCCGACGUUAGUGCCGGAAGAGACGCCGAACAUGAGGAAGACGUUCCCAUGCCUGAUGCUCGCUCUCAAUCCAGUUCUGCACCACAACAAAAGAGAGAACCCGAACCCGAACCGGAGCCAGAAGAUGAGGAAACCAUUGCAGCUAAGCAGGCAAAGGAAAAAGCCGAAGCGGAAAAGAAGCUGGGCACCGAAAAUUACAAGAAGCGCAAGUUCGACCAAGCUAUUGAGCACUAUGCCAACGCUUGGGACUUACACAAGGACAUUACUUAUCUCACUAAUCUCGGUGCCGCCAAGUUCGAAAACGGCGAUUAUCAGGGUGCUAUUGAGGCAUGUGAGAAGGCUAUUGAGGAAGGUCGUGAGAUUCAUGCCGACUUCAAGAUCAUAGCCAAAGCAUUCGGCCGCAUUGGCUCCGCCUAUGAGAAGCUAGGUGAUCUCUCAAAGGCCAUCCUCAACUACCAGAAAUCCUUGACCGAACACCGUACUCCCGACAUUCUAGCCAAGUUCAAGGCCGCAGAGAAAGCACAGAUCAAGGCUGAAAAAGAUGCCUACAUCGAUCCUGAGAAGGCUGAAGAAGCUCGACUCUUGGGCGCCCAAAAGUUCAAGGAGGCAGAUUGGCCAGGCGCCGUUGACGCUUAUACAGAGCUCACCAAACGCGCACCGGAGGAUCCCAGGGGUUAUAGCAACCGUGCAGCAGCCCUGAUCAAACUCCUUGCUUUCCCAACCGCCAUUCAGGAUUGUGACGUUGCCAUCAAGCUGGACCCCAAGUUCAUCAAGGCCUACCUGCGUAAAGCACAAGCUCUUUUCGGUAUGAAGGAGUACAACAAGUGUCUUGAUGUCUGUACUGAGGCAGCGGAACAUGACGAGGGAGGUAAGAAUGCCUAUGAAAUUGAACAACAGCAACAGAAAGCCCUUGAAGCCAUGUACUCUGCACGCCAAGGCGAGACUGAAGAAGAGACCAGUGCCAGAAUCCAAAGAGAUCCUGAUAUUAUGCAAAUUCUUUCUGAUCCUAUCAUGCAAUCGAUCUUACAGCAGGCCAAAGGUGAUCCGCAAGCCCUUAAUGAGCAUAUGAAGAACCCUGGCAUUCGCAGCAAAAUCCAGAAGCUCAUCGCCGCCGGCGUUAUUCGCGUCGGUCGGUGA